UGACAACUAUAUAUAUUGCUUGAGAGUAGUCUCCUACCCGACGGCGGCGGAAUUUCCUUGCGCACCCCGAGUUCAAGGAAAUACAAAGGACACCGAAAAUGGCCCAGACAACCAGCUAGGUAGUACUCGGCAUGCCUCCGUGUCGGGGGGCCGUUCCCGACCGGGAAAAUGGUCGGCGGCGUCAUCGGGUUGGAUGCCUGCCAAACCGCGUCAUUCGGGGAUGCCUGCUAACGCGGCACUACAAAUACGACCCUCCAGGACAGCCAACAUUCCCUUCCGACCAUCGACUCAAAACCAUCUUUGCUUUUGAUUGUGAACCGGAACCAUGGCGAUUACGGAGUUGGCCCUCGUGCGUCUCAAGUCGCCCGACGACUCCACUACGCGGGCAGGAAUGCUGGCCGCCAUCGAAGCGCAGGCCGCCUACUCGACCUUCCCCGUUUAUCUCCUCACUCAGAUCGAAGACCCGUCCUACGUCUACAUCGUGGGCGGAUGGGCGUCAACGGCGACGCACAUGCAGGACUGGAUCGCCAGCGAGAUCAACCAGAAGGUCCUGACGGCGCUGCAGGACCACGUCGAGGUGUGCUGGAUGAUGCACGUCGACAUCGACCCCGGCGAGCCUGACGGGCGCCUGCCACUGGACGCGCCGGUGCUGGCGAUCGGGCGCCACUUCAUCGCCGACGGUCGGAAGGAGGACUUUGGCCGCACGUUUGACGCGACGAAGAGUCACCUGCAGCGCUUCGCGGCGCCGCACGGGGUCCGGGGCGGAUGGCGGAUCGAGCCUCAAGAGACGACGGCGGAAGGGGUGACGAAGGAGGAGUUUGUCCUAUUCAGCGGCUGGACGGAGGUGGCGCAGCAUGAUGGAUUUGCCGAGACGGCGGGAUUCCAGGAGUUCGCACGCAUCAAGGAGUGGCUGGAGGGGGCGGAGAUCAAGCACGCGAGGGUGUGGGAGAGGAGCGACGGGAAAUAGACGAGGGAUGGAGGGAUGGCGGAGAGAGAUGCAGCGAUGAAGCGAUAAAGAAAGGAGAGAGAGAGAGAGAGAGAGAAGGUCCGCCGGAGGGCAGGUGGGCCGAGGCGGGUGAGUCAGCCGCCGCCUGGGGCAUCCCGGAAGUUUGUUUGGUUUGCCUGCUUUGCUUGCUUUGCCUUUUGUGUCAA